CUCAGACACAGUUAGCAUCAAAAAAAAAAAAAAAAACUUUCCAUCUUUGCUCAAAAGAAACGGAAGAAAAAAAAAAAAAAACUUGCCCAAAUUGCUUGAGCUUUUCGUCCAGCGAGAGUCAGAACGGCAGACCCACAGCGAUGGACUCGCUCAAGCAAAUCGUGCGCAAGAUCCGCGAUCCAGCGGAUGUCCGUGAAAUCGGCUCGCCCUCACGCGUCGAGCACGGGGUGCAUGUGGAGUACAACCGCGAGACGCAGACAUUCCACGGCUUGCCAGACGUGUGGCACGAGGCUGUUCCCGCUGGCCAGAGCGUUGACGUGACCAGCACGCGCUUCCUCAAGCCCUCGCUCGUCCCGUCGGCACCGCUGCGCAAGCAACUCUCAAUGCAGAGCGACUCGUCGGGAGAGGUGGUCAGCGGCGGCGAGCUCUCGAGCAAUUGGCAGAGCGCCGGAUCGGUUGCGUCGAGCUCGAGUCGCGCGUCGGCGGACUUGUCCCACGUCUCUGGCGGCAGCAGUGGCGGGGAUGGUGGCAUCGAGUCGAUUGGCGCUCCGUACAAUGUGUCGCACAACGUCCACGCGCACGUCGACAAGUCGGCCAAGGGUGAAGGAAUAGUCAUCCGCGGAUUGCCGCCGGAAUGGAGCGUCAUGCUGGCGUCGUCCGGCAUCUCCAAGGAGGAAAUGCAGGCACAUCCCGCCGUCUUGCGCGAGGUCCUUGAAUUUCAUACAGAGAUGCUUCGGAGCGUCGCCGAUCGCGAGGAAGACAACCGACUCGCUCAUUCGCGCGACAUUUCCCCGUCGACCUCUCGCUCCAUGUCUCCCGCGCUGUCUGGAUCGCCCUCCCAGUAUGCGACUGGCGGUGCGCCCUCCCCUGUAGUGUCCUCUCCCACCUCCCAGGCUACCUCGCCUGUCGCCACCCCAAAGCUACUCGAUCCCUCCGCCGCCGCGCUCAUGAACCUGCCAAGCGUGACUGGCAAAUCGGCUGCUGGCAAGCCCGCGCCUCGCGGCAACCACAAGGAUGCUGCUGGUGGUGCAAAGCAGCUGCUGUCCAGCGAAGAGCAGAUCAAGCUGCGCUGGGAUGCCCUCAUCAGCAAGGAGGACCCGCGAACAUUGAUUCAUGAUCUCCGCAAAGUAGCCGAAGGGUCGUCCGGCUCUGUUCACACGGGCACAAUGGUCGCAACGUCCAAGACGGUGGCCGUGAAGCAGAUUGCGCUCACUCUCCGAACAGACAUCAAGGCUCUCCAGAACGAGAUUGCCAUGAUGAGCUCUAGCCGGCAUGCCAACAUUGUGCACUACAUUGAGAGUUACAAGACAUCUCAGCAUCUCUGGGUUGUUAGCAUGGGCCACAUGACGGAACCAACGAUCGCUUUAAUUUGCAAAGAAUUGCUGAGUGCUUUGGUAUUCCUCCACGGCAACAACCGAAUACACCGUGACAUCAAGAGCGAUAAUGUGCUACUUGGCAUGGACGGCACUGUUAAGCUUGGUGACUUUGGCUAUUGUGCCGAACUUACAAACAAUCACGCGAAACGGAAUUCUAUUGUGGGCACGCCUUAUUGGAUGGCGCCCGAACUGAUAAGACGAGAAGACUAUGACCAGAAGGUUGAUAUCUGGAGCUUGGGCAUUUUGUGUAUUGAAAUGGCGGAAGGCGAGCCACCGUUUUUAGACUUUCCUCCAUUACGAGCUUUGUUUUUGAUUGCCAUUCAUGGGUCACCCACGUUAAAAUCUCCCGCACAAUGGUCUGACGCCUUCAAGGACUUGAUGCGGCGCGCUACCGAUGUGGACGCAUCUGCUCGUGCGUCCGCCCAGCUCUUGAGUCAACACUCGGCCGGAUUCAAAUAG